ACCUGUAUUAUUUUUCUAUUGCUGCUGUUAAAAAUUAUCACACUUGGUGGCUUAAAACAAUAUAAAUUUAUUAUCUUACAGUUCUGUAGUUCAAAUAUCCAAUGGGGGUCUCGCUAGGCUAAAGCCAAAGUAUUGUGAGGGCCAUGUCCCUUUCUGGGGCUUCUGGAGAAAGUAUGUUUCCUUGCCUUUUCCACCUUCUAGCAGUGCCCUUCCUCCAUCUUCAAAUCCAGCAAGAGCGAGUCAAGUCCUCACAGCACCUCUCUCUUACCACAGCUGGGAAAGAUGAGACACAUCUGGAUAGUCACCCCAUCCCAAACUUCUUAACCUUAGUUGCACGUAUGAAGUACCUUUGCUGUGUAAGGUAACUUAUUCAGAUGGUGAUUAAGGUGUGGACAUCUGUAGAGGGGCCAUUAUUCUGCCUACCACAGUGCUUAUUGCAGAGGACCACCAGAAUGGUGAAGGGGCUAAACUGGAUACAGAGAAUCAGACUAAGAAGAAUUGAAGAUGAUCCUGAAAUUUAUUGCUUAGGUGAGAAUGGGAUAAUGUUUAUAAAGUGAUUAGUGCAGUAAGUACAUAAUAAAUGGUUUCUACUUCAAAGGCUAAUGCACAAUUGCAGAAAUAUAAUAGCUCAGAGGGAAAGAAGCUUAGGGAUGUGGAAAGAGAUGAAGCAGCAUAACAUUUUAUCUUGUGAAGAACAGAAUUUGGGAUCCAAAUUCUCACUUUACAUUAGAUCAGCAAGUGGUUUCAGUGUCAGAAAGCACUAAGUUUAACAAGAACUCUGCAUUACUUCCCUAACUAGUGAGAGAGUUGGGGAGAAUGGAGGUGACGGGAUACUAUCGUAGCAACUUCUGGCCUCUUUCUGCCAUGAUUGCACAAUGUACGUAUUCUGAGAAGGAGGGAAAACUUUUAUCAGAGGACGAAAGCAAGAUUUUUGAUGCUUAGAGGACUAUUGUAUUGGUUUGUUUGUUUUUUUCCGGGAACUUACAAGAAGGAAAUCUCCUCUGAAACCAAAACUCAGCCAUCAGAGGUUAUGAAAUUUUUCAGGCUUUCUCUAGAAUCUUCCUUGCAUUUGUCUCUUAAAACAUGUUCACCUUGACCUUUGAGAAGUUGCUGAUAAGUGGAUAUCAAGCAGGAGUUAAAUUAACAAACCCUCCCACCUCGUUGAGUGGUAGCUUCCAAGGCCAUGGUAAAUGUGUAUCAGUGUGAACUCGAUCCAGAACCAGCCAGGAAGGGAACAAAGUUUAGUCUGUGAGGAAAUAGGCGGCUGUUGGUAGUUUCAUGCUGUCUGUGCAGACUUCAGGUUGCUGUGGUGUUCUGAAGCCCACUCUUACAUCAGAGCUCUGUUCUAAUGAUCCUCUGAGUGUCGGUCGUCUCAGGACCUUGGGCACACUCAUGGCACGAUGGCCAGCCCUCAGGAGCACCUGAGCUGCUCCUCUUCCCUACAGUUACCCUUGAGUGAAAACAAAACCUUCAAUGGACUACAAGAUGACAUUGCACCAAUGGGGAGCCACCCUUCACCCAAGCACCUUAAGGACCAGCAAGAAAAGGGGGUGGUGCAAACAGAGCUAACUGAGGGCACAAACAGCCCCAUCACCACCACAGUGUUGACAAGUGUAAGCGAGGAUUCCAGGGACCAGUUUGAGAACAGCGUUCUUCAGCUUAGGGAACAAGAUGAAUCAGAGAUGGCCAUUUCUCAUGGAAACAGCAACCCUGUGGACGGAGAGAGCACGAGUGGAACUGAAGACAUCAAGAUUCAGUUCAGCAGGUCGGGCAGCGGCAGUGGUGGGUUUCUUGAAGGACUAUUUGGAUGCUUAAGGCCUGUAUGGAAUAUCAUUGGGAAGGCAUAUUCCACUGAUUACAAAUUGCAGCAGCAAGAUACUUGGGAAGUGCCAUUUGAAGAGAUCUCAGAGCUGCAGUGGCUGGGUAGUGGAGCCCAGGGAGCUGUCUUCUUGGGCAAGUUCCGAGCGGAGGAGGUGGCCAUCAAGAAAGUGAGAGAACAAAACGAGACGGAUAUCAAGCAUUUGAGGAAGUUGAAGCACCCUAACAUCAUCGCUUUCAAGGGUGUUUGUACUCAGGCCCCAUGUUACUGUAUCAUCAUGGAAUACUGUGCCCAUGGACAACUCUAUGAGGUUUUGCGAGCUGGCAGGAAGAUCACACCUCGAUUGCUAGUAGACUGGUCCACCGGGAUUGCAAGUGGAAUGAAUUAUUUGCAUCUCCAUAAGAUUAUUCAUCGUGAUCUCAAAUCACCUAAUGUUUUAGUGACUCACACAGAUGCAGUAAAAAUUUCAGAUUUUGGAACAUCUAAGGAACUCAGUGAUAAAAGUACCAAGAUGUCCUUUGCUGGUACAGUCGCAUGGAUGGCGCCAGAGGUGAUACGGAAUGAACCUGUCUCUGAAAAAGUUGAUAUAUGGUCUUUUGGAGUGGUGCUUUGGGAGCUGCUGACAGGAGAGAUCCCGUACAAAGAUGUAGACUCUUCAGCCAUUAUUUGGGGUGUUGGAAGCAAUAGCCUACACCUUCCAGUUCCUUCCACUUGCCCUGAUGGAUUCAAAAUCCUUAUGAAGCAGACAUGGCAGAGUAAACCUCGCAACCGACCUUCUUUUCGGCAGACACUCAUGCAUUUAGACAUCGCGUCUGCAGAUGUACUUGCCACCCCACAGGAAACUUACUUCAAGUCGCAGGCUGAAUGGAGAGAAGAAGUGAAAAAACACUUUGAGAAGAUCAAAAGUGAAGGAACUUGUAUACAUCGAUUAGACGAAGAACUGAUUCGAAGGCGCAGAGAAGAGCUCAGGCAUGCUUUGGAUAUUCGUGAACACUACGAGAGAAAACUUGAGCGGGCUAAUAAUUUGUACAUGGAAUUGAGUGCCAUCAUGCUGCAGCUGGAAAUGCGGGAGAAGGAGCUCAUCAAGCGUGAACAAGCAGUGGAGAAGAAGUAUCCUGGGACCUACAAACGACAUCCCGUCCGUCCAAUAAUCCACCCCAACACCAUGGAGAAGCUCAUGAAGAGGAAAGGCGUGCCUCACAGACCUGGGAUGCAGGCCAAACGGCCAGAUCUGUUGAGAUCGGAAGGUAUCCCCAGUACAGAAGUGGCUCCCACCGCAUCCCCUUUGUCUGGAAGUCCCAAAAUGUCCACUUCCAGCAGCAAGAGCCGGUAUCGGAGCAAACCCCGCCACCGCCGAGGGAAUAGCCGAGGCAGCCAUAGUGACUUUGCAGCAAUCUUGAAAAACCAGCCAGCCCAGGAAAAUUCACCCCUCCCCACUUACCUACAACAGGCUCAGCCCCAGUACCCCUCUCCCCAUCACCAUGAUCCUCUGCAGCAGCAAUACCAGCAACCCCCUCCUGCCGCAUCCCAGACUCACCACCCGAGACUCAGUAUGCACGGCCAGGACAUUGCAACCUGCGCCAACAACCUGAGGUAUUUUGGCCCGGCGGCGGCCCUGAGGAGCCCACUCAGCAACCACGCUCAAAGACAGAUGCCUGGCUCUAGCCCUGACCUCAUCUCCACAGCCAUGGCAGCAGAUUGCUGGAGGAGUUCUGAGCCUGACAGGGGCCAGGCUGGCCACCGGGACUGCUAUCAGGCUGACCCUUACGACCCCUGCCUCCAGUGCAGGCCAGCACAGCGCGGGUCCCUAGACUUCCCCUCGGCUGAGCCGGUGGGGAGGAGCCCCGACCUCUUCAAGUCACCAGCACACAAUCCCCUCUCGGAAAAUGCCCAAGGUUCUGAGAAAACGGAAGAAAACGGGUUCAGCGGCUGUAGGUCUGCGUCAUCCCUUGGCACCCCUCAUCACAUCGCCUCCGCAGUGCUACCUCGAAAAACAAGGCCCCUUCAGAAGAGUGGAGAUGACUCCUCUGAAGAGGAAGAAGGGGAAGUAGAUAGUGAAGUUGAAUUUCCACGAAGACAGAGGCCCCAUCGCUGCAUCAGCAGCUGCCAGUCAUAUUCAACCUUUAGCUCUGAGAAUUUCUCUGUGUCUGACGGCGAGGAGGGAAAUACCAGUGACCACUCAAACAGUCCUGAUGAGUUAGCAGAUAAACUUGAAGACCGCCUGGCAGAGAAGCUAGAUGACCUCCUGUCCCAGACACCAGAGAUCCCCAUUGAGAUAUCCUCGCAUUCGGACGGGCUCUCUGACAAGGAGUGUGCGGUGCGCCGUGUGAAGACGCAGAUGUCUCUGGGCAAGCUGUGCGUGGAGGAUCGUGGCUAUGAGAAUCCUAUGCAAUUUGAAGAAUCGGACUGUGACUCUUCAGACGGGGAGUGUUCUGAUGCCACAGUUAGGACCAAUAAACACUACAGCUCUGCGACCUGGUAAUGAAAGGAUACCCAUCCUGAAGAUCUCAUAACUAUACUGGCAUCUCAAAUCCAUCCCACCCUCUGACUCUGCCCACUCCCUGCUUUUUUGUCUGGGAGGAGAGCUGCCCCAUCUUUCUUACCCCUAGAAAUAAGCUGCAAUAACAGGAACAUGAGACUUCGCAAAUCUCUGGAAAAAAAUAUCCAAAUGAAAUUAAGUCUCACUGAACAUUUCAAUCAAGAAUGGCAGGGAUCUACUUUAUUGAAUAUUCUAGCUACUGUAACAUUGAUAUUUAUUUUUGUUUGACAUUUUAACACUUUGUACUGUAAAGAGUGAACUAUAUAUGAUAGAGAGAAAGACAAUAAUUUCAUGCAAAAAAAGAGAGAGACUGAGAGAGAGAGAAAGGAGGAAAGAAAAGUGGAAUUUAGGAGCAACAUCCUUGGGGAUUUGUGGGGCUAGGAGGUAUUAUCGCUACUUGAACAGGGACCAGUUCUUUUUGCCAUAAGUAACUGAAGAGACACAGAGCAAGACAUACUGAGCAUUUUAGAAAACAAAGAACAGCAAAAGAAAAGCAAUUCCAGGUAACUUGUGAACAGACCACGUUGUGUUCAACCAACUUGUCCAGAUGGGUGUUGGAAAUGACCUAAAAAAAGUCUGGAGUCCAGAUACUUGCACCCAAGGGUCUUUGAGGGUAUAUGCUUCCUCUACGAGGAAACAGAAAACUGUAUAUGUGGAAGCUGAUCUCAUUUUUAAAAUUUUAAGCAGCAUUUGGUAGUGAAGCUUACAAAUAGCGUCCAACCUUGUCCUUGAUGAAUAUUUCCCUUUUUAAUGCUGUCAGUCAUUACCUUAGCAAAUGCAUUACCUUGGCCAAUGUGUUGAUUUUUCAGAUUUUUCAAGUGCCAUUUUCUUACAGCCUAUUUCCUUUCCACCUGUUAACCACCUCUUUUAGGGAAAAAAAGGGGAGGGGGGAGAGCCUGAGGAGGAAAGAAAAGAAAAAAAGAAUGUCCAACAGUGUUAGAAAAGCAAAUGUGGAAUCUGUCAAAGGACGUUCUCAGAAUGUCUCAGUUCAUCUACAUGGAGAAGAUGGAGUCACCUCUCCCUGGAACCAGGUUGCUUGUCUACUAGAGUUUUAUAUGAUUUAAAUGGAACAGUCUUUGAAGGCAGCUAGGAUGGGUGUGUGUCUGUCCCAAUGUCCAAUCCCAAACCAGCCCCCAUGUUUUUAUUUGUUAAUUCAUUCUGUCCCAGAAGCUUUAGUGACUGGCUACCACUAUCAGAAUAAAGGCAAAAUAAGUAACUUACAAAAGGCAACCCCUCCUCCACCAUGAUAGCAUUUUUGUUCAGUGCUACUUGUAAAAUGUAUUUGGAUCAAUGCAGCUUUGAAUAAUUGGAUUUGGAAAUUUCUAGAAAGAACAACUGAUGCUGAGCAGCGAUUGUAAAGGUUUUACAUUGUCCAAGGCAUGAGGUCCUUCCUGUCUCCAGGGUCAUGGGCUCUGAGAAGCAUCCCAAGGUACUUCAUGUAUCUCAGCUUUAAGGAAAUUUUUAUCUAGAAUUUUAUAUAAAAACAGAUGUUGGCCUAGUUCCUUCUCUGUCUCCAAGAUCAGUUACUGCCAAAAAACCUCUCUAGGCUCAAGACCAGGAGAGGAUGGCUAGAUGCUUUGACACUGCUUCAUAUUGGACAUCAGGAAAGACUUACACACACAGGUAUUAAUCCAUUUCCAAUGCAGACGGAAACAUCGCCCUCCUCUGGGUGUCACUGAUUGCAUCGGCCAAAAAGGAAAAGGAGGAGGGAAUUUAGAGCAAUUCCGUUUGCUUGUCUGAUCCCUCCAUUUGUUUACACUUUACGUUGAGUCAUUGAUUUAAAAUUUAGUGUCCGUAAUUUAUAGGUCUUAGGUAGGAUAAAGGAAAAUGUUUAACUUAUACAGAGAGCAGUAUUGUUUCAUUAAAUUAUUCCGUUUUGUAUAAAUCCUGUAGCUGGACUACAUGACAGAUCUUAAGUUAUGGCAUUAUUAUCAUUGUUGUUUUAUUUUAUAAUAAUUAUUAUCAUUCUCAUUUUCUGUCGACCAGAAGGUGUGGUUUACGGUGCAGCACAAUGAUUGUGUUUAUUGCUAACCAUGAAUUAUUACGGAUUUUUAUGAUUUCUAUGAAGGAAUGAAAAUGGAACUGCCAUUUGGGAGCUCCUGGUAUUGGUCUUAGCUGUUUUCCCUCAUUUUCUGUGUAUGACAACAAUCAUCUGAGGAUGCGGGUUCUGCCCUGGAGCCCAGCGGACACCUUGUGAUCACAAAAGCUCCUGAGUGGACAGAUGACGGAGUAGAUGGACAAACAGUUCACAAGCUGUACACUUUCUCAAGUUUCUUAAGAAAUAAAAUCAUGGGACGAUA